CGAGCGAAAAGCCGCGGAGAGGACGUCGUGGAAUGUGGUCCGCGAGUGAAAUGAAGGGGCACAGAAACGAACACGAAGCAUGCAGAAGCAGCACUCGUACUCACAACUGUUUCGCUUCUCUAUAAGCGCUUCCCCCGAGCUUUUAAAGCCUCGGUCUUCACCCUCUCUCUCUCUCUCUCUCUCUCUCUCAAAGCUUCGAACUUUCAAGAUUUUUUCUGCGGAUUGGAUUGGAUUGGAUUCGGCUUCCUCCAUGUCCGGCGAGCCCGAGCCGUCGUCGUCCGGAUUCGGCACCGACGUGCCUGCCGACGUCGAGGACUACAAUUCGGCUAAUGAAGGAGAGCCAUCAUUGCCCCGGGACAUAUUUGGUCACAUUUUUGAUCUUGUGAAGAAUGGAAAUCAGUCAUUUCGGGAGAAUCGCUUUGAGGAGGCAAUUAAUUGUUACUCCAGAGCCAAUAACAUUAAACCAUGUGAUCCAAUUAUUCUUGCCAACCGAAGUGCUGCUUACAUCAGGAUCAGUAAAUUCCUUAAACGCAUACCAGCAUCGGCUUCUGAAUAUAAAGCACGGACUGGAUUGGAUCCCACAACACAUGCUGAACUUGCAUUAAAGGAUGCAGAGAAGUUAGUCAACCUUCUAAGUAAUUCAGAAAAGGCGUACAUAUUAAAGGCCGAAACUCUCAUUUUGUUGGAGAAAUAUGAAAUGGCCCGUGAUGUUAUUCUUUCGGGUCUUCAGGUUAAUCCUUUUAGCAAUUAUCUUCAGGAAUCUUUCCAGAAUUUAGAGAGAAUACGAGCUAAUUUCACAGGGAGGAGAAGCCAUAGAAAAGCAGAACGCAGUGAUGACUAUGAUUGCACACUAUGCUUAAAAUUACUAUACGAACCUGUCACAACUCCUUGUGGGCAUUCCUUUUGUCGUUCAUGCCUAUUUCAGUCAAUGGAUCGGGGUAACAAAUGUCCUUUGUGCCGAACAGUUCUUUUCAUUAGUCCUCGAACGUGCGCAAUCAGUGUUACACUCAAUGACAUUAUACAAAAGAACUUCCCAGAAGAAUUUGCCGAAAGGAAGGUAGAGAAUGACCAAAUGACAAACUUUGGUGUUGAUUUGAUGCCUCUCUUUGUAAUGGAUGUUGUCCUCCCAUUCCAGAAGUUUCCGCUGCACAUUUUUGAACCGCGGUAUAGACUUAUGGUAAGGAGGAUAAUGGAAGGCAAUCGUCGGAUGGGAAUGGUUAUCAUUGAUUCUUCAACAGGUUCAAUAGCUGAUUUUGCUUGCGAAGUGGAAAUUACCGAGUGUGAGCCACUUCCAGAUGGGCGUUUUUAUUUAGAGAUUGAAAGUCGGCGAAGGUUUUGCAUAAUUCGAUCUUGGGACCAAGAUGGAUACCGUGUUGCGGAGAUUGAAUGGGUGCAAGACAUUCCACCAGAAGGGUCUGAAGCGAGAGAAGAAUUGCAGGAAUUGGCAAGAAAUGCAGCAGAAUAUGCUCGAUCAUGGAUAGCGCGGGGUAAAAGAGCGGCACGUCAAGAUCGAAGACGACUUGAGAGACUUCUCGGUGUGGAAGUGAUGAUGCCUUCACUACAAGAUCCUGAACGCUUCAGCUUUUGGCUUGCUUCCUUAUCAAACCGGCGUCCUCAUGAAAGGUUGGAUCUUCUACGCUUGCGAGACACAAAAGAGAGAAUACACCGGGGACUGAUAUAUCUUGGAGCCGAAGAGCAGGGUUGUCAAGUGCAAUGAGGGAAAGCUGUAAUUGGGUUUAGUUCAUAUGAAUACAGUUUAGAAGUUAAAUUGUUAUACAAGCAAAAUUACAUGCUUUGAAAAUUCAGCAUUCUUUGAUCCACAAAAUGUUGGUGGAUCCCUUGUUUUUUGUUGUAACAUUGGGUUUAACCCGUUUAAUAAUUACCAUAAAUAAAAUCAAGUUUCUAAAAUUUUGAAUUUAUA